AUGGAGGAACUGGCCCGGGAGAGCAUCAGCCUGCUGGCCCGCUCCGCGUCCCACUCAGAUCCUCCUCGGCUCGGUUCGUACGGAGCUGUGUUCAUCAUGCUGAAGUCUGCACUGGGAGCCGGACUUCUCAACUUCCCCUGGGCUUUUGAGAAGGCAGGGGGGGUGACCACGGCCAUCAGCGUGGAGUUGGUGUCUCUGGUGUUCCUCAUCAGUGGUCUGGUCAUCCUUGGCUACGCAUCGUCUGUCAGCAGACAGAAGACGUACCAGGAUGUUGUGAGGGAGGUGUGCGGACGAGCCGUGGGACAGCUCUGCGAAGUCUGCUUCUGCUUCAACCUCUUCAUGAUAAGUGUUGCCUUUCUUGUGGUGGUGCAGGACCAGCUGGAGAAAUUAUGUACUUCUUUAUAUGAGACGGUGACUGGGUUGAGUGAGUCUGAAGUACCUCAUCACUGGUACACGGACCAGCGUUUCGCCCUCUUCAUCAUGUGUCUGCUCAUCAUCUUGCCGUUGUCCAUUCCUAAAGAAAUUGGCAUUCAAAAAUACACGAGUGUAUUGGGGACUCUGGCUGCCACAUAUCUGUGCGUGGCAGUGAUCGUCAAGUAUUACCUGAUGGACACUCACACGGCCAUUGUAACUCCAGAAGACAUGCAGGGUGUGGGCUCAUGGGCAUCCAUGUUCAGCGUUGUACCAACUAUUUGCUUCGGCUUCCAGUGUCAUGAAGCAUGCAUAGCAAUCUACAGCAGCAUGGAAAACCAGAAGCUGUGUCACUGGGUGAUCAUUUCUGUGCUCUCCAUGCUCUUCUGUCUGCUCAUCUACACUCUCACAGGUGUUUACGGCUACAUGACAUUUGGGCAGACAGUCGCCUCUGAUAUUCUGAUGUCAUAUCCAGGAAAUGAUGUGGUGAUGAUCAUUUCCAGACUUCUUUUUGGAAUUUCUAUCGUCACCAUCUAUCCCAUCAUCCUUCUUCUCGGGAGAUCUGUGAUCCUUAACCUGAUGUUGCGAGCUCAGAGGAGUCGUAGAGGACUCGUCACACACUCCUUUGAGAGCCGCUGCAGAGUUCUCCUGACUGUGGCCUGGAUCACCUCCACUCUGCUCAUCGCCAUGUUUGUCCCUGACAUGGCUGAUGUUAUCAGUGUCAUUGGAGGAAUCAGCGCCUUCUUUAUUUUUAUCUUCCCUGGCCUUUGCUUAAUAUUUACAAUGCAGACUGAAGAUGUCUCUUUGAGAGUGAGGAGGAUUUUAACAGGUUGGGGAGUCAUAACCAUCGUAGUUGGAGUCUUUAUCUUUGGACAGAGCACAACCAUCGCUGUGAUGGAAAUCUUCCACAAAUUCUGAAGCUGCUGUUCCUGUUUUAGGGAAGCUAAACUACCUUCAGGAGGACGUGUGGAUGAUUUUACAGCAGCCCCAACAAGAUGGCGCUCCUGCACCAUUUUCCAACCAUCCCAAAAUUCUCUGAGCAGGAUUACACCAAUUUCGGACAAUUUGUCAACAAUGGAUUUCUGAAAAUGUAUGAUAAACUGUCAUGUAUUCCCUUAGAUUUGCAGCAAAUUUAGUCUUUGAGUCUGGAGUUAAAGUUGUGAUUAUAUCUUGUCUGGAUGGAAUGUUUUGCUUUUAACAAGACAUUUAAUUAGUUGAAGUGACUGCUUCACACUGCCAGAGUUACACUAGGUGUCCUCUGCACAACACAAAUUGAAAGCUCAAAAACAAACCCAGCUUAUGCAACUAGGUGGACUGAGCCUCCAUCACUGCGAAAUGAUGCAUUAUUUUCUGCUUUACAUUAUCGCAGCCUCUGAAAAAUAAUUUCCCAGCCUCAUUAUUUCCCUGUCUGCAAAGCUGGCUUCAUGUAAUUCUGGCUUCUUGGAGUGCAAAACUAAUUAAUUUGAUCAUUUGUGAUGACAUCCUUUAUAGGUUUAAUUGUUUCUGAUAAGAGGCCCAGCAGGAUGCGGGAGGGAAAUUGAAUGUUAUUCACGUGCGCCUGUCACACUGAUUGAAAUCUCCAGGCCUUUUGUGCUUUCAAUGAAUGAAAAUUAGAUUUUUUUUUUUUUUUAACAGAUAAGUGUCGAACUUAUGGCGGCUUUUUGUCUCCAAAUAAGAACAGGAAUUUGCAGCAGACGAGGUGCUGCAUGUAUGUUCUCCUAGUGCACAUGCAUGUGCCUGCACUCCAUUUCUCUGCAUUAGGGUCACGACCUGCUCCCAUCAUGCAUCUGUCAUUGCUUAUUGAAACGAUGACAGCAGGUAUUUAAUCCCCGGUCUAUACUCGGAGGGAUGCAACAGCAUACAGUUCAGGUAAAGAAGAAUUAUAUGUGUACAGCACAUCAGCAUGAUCAUGUCUUCCAUUUGUGAUAUUAAAAUGCAUCCUUUUGCACAUUUGUGAUCCAUAGUUUGAUUGCUUUUUGGACCCAACAUUAUGCAAAAAAGGCUGCUUUACUACCUUUUUUAUAGAAUUUGGACUUUGUUUUCAUCACCAAAAUGACAACUGUGGUUUGAUUCGACCCCAAUAUAGAUUCUGAUCUGAUCAUAUGAUCAUGAUUGUUCAUGAUCAUAUGGAAAAGCAGAUGAUGAAACGUACUUUUAUGAAGCAAAGACUUCAGAGUGUUCCCCUUUUGAGAAAAACACAAUGUUGGUAAUUGAUGGUUGUCUUGAUCAAACUGGAAACC